AUGUCAAACCAUGCUCCUGACAAUGACAACGAUAACACUGGGCAUACUGAUUCUGAUAGUGAAUUUUAUGCUGAGCUCGCUUCAAGUGCUACUUGGAUAGUAAAUCACUUUAGGAAGUUUGAAGAGGGGAAGAAGUUUAGUGGACCAAGGAAGUCCAAUUUUAGUUCCUCAACAUCAAGAAUUUUUGACACUGGUAGUUUGGGCAAAGUUACAAUUGAAAAGAAAGAUGAGGACAAAUGCUUCAACUAUGGAGGCACUAACCAUCUUGCAAUGGACUACAAGAUGAAUAAGAAUGAUAUAAAGGAUGAGUCAUAUGAGAUAAAGUAUAAAAGAUUAUUUGCUUCUUUCAAGAAGAAAAAUAUGGAUUCCAAAGUUCUUUUGGCUGAAGUGGAGGAAUGGGUUGAAGAAGAGGAGUCUUGUAAUGAAGAAUUCAAGGGAAAUGUUGGCAGUCUGAUGGCAACCACUUAUGUGCCAUUCACUGCGGAAUCUAAUAACAACACUAGUACCUUUGAAGCUGAAAUUUAUAAAGCUGCUAGGGAUUCCAAUGAUCGGAAUUAG